AUGUCCAAAGAUCCAUCAAAACCCAAUAUCGUGCUCAUCCUAGCCGAUAAUCUCGGUUGGGGUGAACUUGGCUGCUACGGCGGAGGUCUUCUCCGCGGUGCUGCAACACCUCGCAUCGACAACCUCGCCACAGAAGGUCUUCUCUUGCACAACUUCAACGUGGAGAGUGACUGUGUUCCUACACGCUCAGCCUUGAUGACAGGUCGUCAUCCCAUCCGCACAGGCUGUCGACAAUCCGUUCCCGCGGGGUUCCCUCAAGGCCUCACGCGCUGGGAGCAAACGCUUCCGGAAUGCCUCAAGCCAAAAGGCUAUGCAACGGCACAUCAUGGAAAAUGGCACCUUGGUGAUAUUCCCGGGCGGUACCCUUCCGAUCGCGGCUUUGAUGAGUGGUUUGGAAUUCCACGAACGACGGAUGAGAGUCAAUUUACUUCGGCGUUGGGUUAUACGCCUGAGGUCGCAGAACUUCCAUAUAUCAUGAAGGGCUGCGCAGGACAAGACUCUGAGAAUGUCUGCGUCUAUGACCUCGAGAAGCGGCGACUGAUUGAUGAAAUGCUAGUCGAUCAGUCCAAAGACUGGCUAUCUCGUCAAGUCAAGGCCGAGAAACCGUUUUUCUUGUACCAUCCGCUUGUCCAUCUGCAUUUCCCAACACUGCCGCAUCGCGACUUUGAGGGAAAGACUGGCCAAGGCGAAUUCGCUGACUCAAUGGCAGAAAUGGACCACCGAGUUGGCCAGUUGAUCGACCACCUAGACGAACUGGGAGUUCGCGAGAACACCGUUCUCAUUUUUGCCUCUGACAACGGACCAGAGUUCAGACCGCCUUACAAAGGCACUGCUGGGCCGUGGUCGGGGACGUAUCACACGGCCAUGGAAGGAAGUUUGAGAGUACCCUUCAUCAUCCGAUGGCCAGGCCAUGUUCCGAGUGGUGUGACAUCCAAUGAGAUAGUCCACGUAACCGACAUCUUCACCACCAUUCUAGAAAUCGCCGGUGCUGAAACUCCGUCUGAUCGUCCUAUCGACGGCGUCAGCCAAGUUGCCUUCUUCGAGAAUCCAGCUUCUGUCAAAUCACAGCGCCAAGGUUUUCUGUUUUACAUCAAGGACGAACUGCGCGCUGUGAAAUGGAAGGACUGGAAACUUCAUCUGGUUUGGGAGCCUAAAGUGAAUCAGUCAUCUGGAAAGCUCGAGUCGCCGUAUUUGUUCAACGUUGUAAGGGAUCCGAAGGAGGAGACGGAUGUCCUAGCUUACAACACUUGGGUCAUGCAGCCAGUUAUGAAGCUAAAAGCCGCAUUUGAUAAGAGUCUAAAGAAUGAUCCUGCACCGCCAGAUCCUUUGAAGGGUUUGUAG